AGCUGGAUUUUUAUUUAAGUACCUCAGUCUCCUCCAUACAAAGGUCUGCAAGCCAGAUCAAUGUCCUGUACUCUUGCUUCCUGCAGAAUGAAAUCAUACAAACUCUUCUUUCUGGAAUCUAUCUUCCUCCUACUGCUUUUUCAGCAGGCCUGGGCUCAAUUUCCAAGGGAAUGUGCAACUGUUGAGGCUUUGAGAAGUGGCAUGUGUUGCCCAGACCUGUCCCUCUCAUCUGGACCUGGGACAGACCGUUGUGGUUCAUCAUCAGGAAGGGGCAGGUGUGAGGCAGUGGCAGCAGACUCUCGACCUCACAGCCCCCAUUACCCCCAUGAUGGGAGAGAUGACCGGGAGAGCUGGCCCCUGCGGUUCUUCAAUAGGACAUGUCUCUGCAAUGGCAACUUCUCAGGAUACAACUGUGGCACUUGCAGACCUGGAUGGAGAGGAACUGCCUGCAACCAGAAGGUUCUCACAGUCAGGAGAAAUCUUCUGGACUUAAGUACAGAGGAAAGGAGUCACCUUGUCCAGGCCCUGGAUAUGGCAAAGCACACAACUCACCCUCAAUUUGUCAUUGCCACCAGGAGGUCAGAAGAAAUACUGGGACCAGAUGGUAACACACCACAAUUUGAAAACAUUUCCAUUUAUAACUAUUUUGUUUGGACACACUAUUAUUCGGUCAAAAAGACCUUCCUUGGGGCACAGCAAGAAAGCUUUGGAGGAGUGGAUUUCUCUCAUGAAGGACCAGCUUUUCUCACAUGGCACAGGUACCACCUACUGCAGUUGGAGAGAGACAUGCAGGAAAUGUUACAGGAGCCCUCUUUCUCCCUUCCUUACUGGAAUUUUGCAACUGGGAAAAACAUCUGUGAUGUCUGCACCGAUGACAUGAUGGGGUCAAGAAGCAACUUUGAUUCCACUCUCAUAAGCCCCAACUCCAUCUUUUCUCAAUGGCGAGUGGUCUGUGAAUCCUUGGAAGAUUAUGAUACCUUGGGAACACUUUGUAACAGCACUGAAGGUGGGCCAAUCAGGAGAAAUCCAGCUGGAAACGUGGGUAGACCAAUGGUGCAGCGUCUUCCUGCACCACAGGAUGUUGCUCAGUGCUUGGAAGUUGGUGUAUUUGACACACCUCCUUUUUAUUCCAAUUCUACAAACAGUUUCCGGAACACAGUGGAAGGGUACAGUGAUCCCACUGGAAAAUAUGACCCUGCUGUUCGAAGUCUUCACAAUUUGGCCCAUCUCUUCCUGAAUGGAACAGGAGGACAAACACAUUUGUCUCCAAAUGAUCCUAUUUUUGUCCUCCUGCAUACUUUCACUGAUGCAGUCUUUGAUGAAUGGCUUAGGAGAUAUAAUGCUGAUAUAUCCACAUUCCCAUUGGAGAAUGCCCCUAUUGGACAUAAUAGACAAUAUAAUAUGGUACCAUUCUGGCCUCCAGUUACCAACACAGAAAUGUUUGUUACUGCUCCAGACAACCUGGGAUAUACUUAUGAAGUUCAGUGGGCAAGUCAGAAUUUUAGUAUACCUGAGAUCAUUACCAUAGCAGUAGUUGCUGCUUUAUUAUUGGUAGCAGUCCUUUUUGUGGGUGCUUCUUGUCUGAUUCGUGCCAGAAACAACAUGGAUGAAGCUAAUCAGCCCCUCCUCAAUGACCACUGCCAACACUAUGCUGAAGAAUAUGAAAAACUCCAGAAUCCUAAUCAGUCUAGGGUCUGAUGACAUACCACCUGAUCUUCCAUGCAUUAGUAUCAAGAAAUAACCUUAUUAAAAAGUAAUAGAUUGAGUUACUAACUGCAUUUUGUUUUGCUUUGUUACUUUUUUUUU